UGACAUUUAGAGUGAGUGGUGUCUAUGCGUUGAGUUGUGGCCCACGAGUGACUGUACUAUUGGUUUGAAAACAAAUGAUAUUUUUUGAAACCGAAAGUCGAGUGGAAAUGCAUUUGUUGUCAUAUGAAAUGAGUUUCAAAUUAAGACUAUUUGUGUAUUGCAUUAGAAAUCAUAGGAACUAUGCUUUGGUUUGUAAUGUCACGAGUUGUAGGAGUUAUGCAAAGCUAGCAUUCAUUGGAAGCGUGUCUUCCGUGAAGAACUCGUUGACAGCGAAGACAUGUCGCCGAUGGACACGAAAUGCAUCACUCGUUGCACACAUGAGUUCAUCGACACAACCAUUGGAUGACUUGACGUUUGAGCGCAUCGUUGACCACACUUUGGAUCACUUGACGGAACAGUUGGACACUAUUGUAGAGUCAAGUGAUGGUCUCGAAGAAAGUGAUGUCUCUUUGAACAAUGGUGUGAUUACACUGAAUCUGGGAUUACAUGGCGUUUAUGUGAUUAACAAACAAACUCCUAAUAAACAGAUUUGGUUGUCAUCUCCUGUC